CAAGAUGGCGGCUUCCAGUGCUCCGUACCACACAUCAUCGAUUUUGGAAGCUAAAUAUCACCAUCUCUCUGCCGUCUAAACCCAUGAGGGAGCAGACCAGAAGGAGCCGAGUGGACCUGGGGUGUCACCACUGAAACACGGAAACGGUUUCCCCGCGGUUUGUUCAUGCCAGGACCCGGUCUCGGUGUCGGUCUGUAGGGGGUUGUGUUAUCCGAGUAUGGCCACCGAGAACAGGAUCAAUUUUUGGAGGAGAAACGCAAAGGUUCCCGGAAGGUAUCCCAAAGACACAAAGCCUAAGUUCAACAAUCUCAAGUCCAAAAAGGCCUCCAGCUUCCAUGAGUUUGCCCGCAGCACCAAUGAUGCCUGGGACAUCGACGAUGAGGAAGAUGAGGAUUUCCUCGGGACUCCUGCCCCAGCUUCAUCCCUGCAGACAGGCCUGCACUCCACGUCCACACAGAAUCAGCAGCAGCAGAACCAGGCAGGUGAGACAGAGAGCAGGGUGUCACACAGGCUGGCAUGUCCUAGCUCGGAAGAUCAAAACUUCCAGGAUGUUCAGGAGGAAGACACAGACUGCGAGCAUGUCAACGGCAAGGUUGUCAAGUCUAAUAGUGAGGCCCACCUCAACUCAUCGUCAGUCCGCUCCACACUGCAGAAGCAGCAGUCUCUCCCAGUCCGUCCCAUCAUCCCACUGGUGGCUCGCAUCUCAGACCAGAACGCAUCAGGGGCACCACCCAUGACGGUGCGGGAGAAGAGCCGGCUGGACAAAUUCAGGCAGCUACUUGCGAGUCCCAACACUGAUCUAGAGGAACUCCGGAAGCACAGCUGGUCUGGCAUACCGAGAGAAGUCCGGCCAAUCACAUGGAGACUGCUCUCUGGCUACCUGCCAGCCAACAAGGAGCGCAGAGAACUGGUGCUAAAAAGGAAGCGAGAAGAAUACUUUGGUUUCAUCGAGCAGUAUUACCACUCCAGAACAGAUGAGCACUAUAAAGACACGUACAGACAGAUCCACAUUGACAUCCCAAGAACCAACCCUCUGAUUCCCUUGUUCCAGCAGCCUGUUGUGCAAGAGGUGUUUGAGCGUAUCCUCUUUAUCUGGGCCAUCCGUCACCCAGCCAGUGGUUACGUCCAGGGAAUCAAUGAUCUGGUGACACCCUUCUUUGUCGUCUUCCUGUUUGAGUUUGUCACGGAGGAUGUGGAGAACUUUGACGUGGCGGCGCUGCCUCUGGACACCCAGAGAAACAUCGAAGCUGACAGCUUCUGGUGCAUGAGCAAGCUGCUGGAUGGAAUACAGGACAACUACACCUUCGCUCAGCCUGGAAUCCAGAACAAAGUGAAAGCUUUGGAGGAGCUGGUCAGCAGGAUAGAUGAGGACAUUCACAAUCAUUUCAAGAAGUAUGAAGUAGAGUACCUGCAGUUCGCUUUCCGGUGGAUGAACAAUCUGCUGAUGAGGGAGCUGCCACUUCGUUGCACUAUCCGUCUGUGGGACACCUACCAGGCUGAAGCAGAGGGUUUCUCCCACUUCCAUCUGUACGUCUGUGCUGCUUUCCUCAUUGAGUGGCGCAAAGAAAUUCUCUCCAUGGUUGACUUUCAGGGCCUGCUCAUGCUACUGCAGAACGUUCCCACAAUCCACUGGGGGAACGAGGAAGUGGGUCUCCUCCUGGCUGAAGCUUAUAGACUAAAGUACAUGUUUGCAGAUGCACCCAGCCACUACAAGAGAUAAGGCCCGGGGGCCUCCACAUCGCAGCAAACACAGUACUGUUAAACUUCAAAUCAGAUUAGACUGUGACUGGAUGGACGCACACUAUCCGAGACACUCCGGACAUACAGUGUUGUCUCUGAAGUAACCUGGAAGAGACUGAUGUAUUCAAGUGCAGCUCCAGGAGACCUGCGGGAUGUCAUCUCAGAGCUGAAUAUCGCACACUGGAUCUGAGUUCACGGUGCAGCCAUAGAGCUCAGUGAACAUGAGACUAUUUGCAGUCAAGGUACUGCACUGUAUCAGUGGACUGUUAGAGUAUGAACAACCAUAGCUAUGCCAUUUUGGUUUACUCGUCCUGUUUUUGGUCAUGCAUACAUUGAUUGUCUCUCAAGUGAAGUGUACGCUCAGAAGUACAUGCUGUGAUAUACAGGGAUGAUGAAUGUUUGUGAGAUCAUCCUUUUAGUGAACGACGGUAUUUACAGAUUAUAUUUUUUUGCAGAUUUGUUUUCAUAGACAUAGUUUUACAGGGGGAAAAAAUAUUAGGUGUAAAUCAGGCAACUACAACACUUUGUCAUAAUUAUGUAGUCUGACACUGUCAAGCUAUUCUAAAUAAGAUGGACUUUGGGUUUCCCCCACUUCUUCAGAUAAGACAGCUAGUUUGUGUGUAGACAUAUAUUUUGGUUCAGGGUUACCAAAUCUGCACUGUACAAUCAACUAAUCAAAGUCCAUAGUUUGGGCCUCAAUCAGUCAAUUCAAUUGCUGACACUGAUACAAUUACUAAUAUUUUAGCUUGUAUUUAGGUACCUAAGACCUAAGAGUUGCAAAUAGUAGGUACUGUGUUUCAUUUCAGGUUGUGUUUUGUUUGAAGGUGGAGAAACUGAUCCGGUAUCAGCUUACCUUCUUGUUAAAGGCGAAUUAGCUGGUCAAGAGGAUUAUUUUUUAUUUUAUUUUUAUUUUUUUGGGAAAUAACUAUGUGGCUCUUGGGUGUAGCUCAUAAAUGUCAAGAGUGGUAAAGUGUGAAUUUUACUGCCUCUGAAUAGAUCAGGAAAACGAGAGAACUUCAGGUUAAUGUAGCUUUGGAUCUCCCCUCUCACACGUCAGCUGAAAUAGGUCUAAUUUUUAGGGUGGAACUGACUUAGAUGAAUUUAAAUUUUAUUAUAUUUUAGACAAAUGAAAUAUGAUUUUAGUUAGAGAUAGUGGCACACAUUAAUACUCUUAUAAAUGGCACAAAAUGAGAUCAGUAACAACUAGCCUUGAUUUUACCAAACUUAGUUUUUAUGCCUAACAAUGAGAGUAGUUGUCUUAUAAAUGAUCUUAUGAUAGUCUGUGAAGUAUCUAAUUGAAAACUGUGGCCACUGUAAAAACUUCAUAUAAUAACAAGCAGUGAAAAUGUUCAGUUUCCUCAGUUUGGAAUAAUUGUUUAUAGAGAUAUUUUGAAAUAAAAUUGAGGAAGUGCCCCCUGUCGAUGCUUGUUUGUACUGAAAGAAGUUUAAUCACACCAUCCUACCUGUGGACUCAGUGCAGCUCAGAAUAUAUGACGAUGCCUUUGUUAUGAGCAUUUGUAAUGUACUCCAUGCUUUUAAAGUGUAACAUGUAUAAAUGCUUUGUCAUUAAUGCUUGUGUUUUAUGUUUGUUUCAGAUUCAGGUUAGGUUGCUCUCGUAUCUGAGACUUUUCCCUGUGUUUAUCUGUAACUGCAUUUUAUUUUUUUUUUUUUGAGGAUCUGUGAGUGAGUGUGUGUGCGGUGCUGGGGAUUGUAGAGUUAAUAUUACUUCAUCUACCUUCAUUACCAGUGAUAAUUAUAACACAGUGUAUGUUAGAAAAAUCACAGACAUUAGCCUUUGGUGCAUCCCCACCAUUAGCUGUGUAUUUAGGGGUUUCUGCUUCGAUCAUUUGCUUCACAUGAACAUUGAACCACUCUGAAGCAAAUGCUGUGUUAGGCUGUAGCAACAUUUAAAAUCAGGAUUUUCUGUGCAUUAGCAUCCUGGCAAUUAUCCUGGUCAUUGUAGUCUACAACAAAUUGAACUAUGAAUUUGUGCAUUUCAUGAUCAGCUGUGUGAAGUCUAAAUUCAUGUCCAGGAAUUAGUUGGUCCCUCUGAAACGUGGUGCUUCAACCAUCGAUUGAAGUCUGACUUACUUUAUGGCAUUAUAUUCAGUGAAGUCCUACUGAAGACACUGUGCUACUGAAACUUGAGUUGGUGAAAUCAGCCUUUUCUAUUUUUGGAAAAGUAACACUUUCAUAAACCUGUUUAUAGUUUGUUCAUUGUCAGUUUUUGCAUCAUUAAACCAGCUGUAAUCUUAUGUUCAUCAACCUUGUUUUGCUCACCCGAGACAUUGAAUGUUUUGUGGGUGUUACAUUAUGCCUUUAGCCUUUCAAGUAGGUUUUCUUCUUUCAGGUGCACCAACCGAUUGUGUCCCUACCAUGAUGGUAUUGUUCACUCCAUGCUGUGUUCAAGUAAAGGUGAUGACUAAAGGCUGAGAUCAUGAAAACGUGUUGGUGUGUGUCAGAAGUGUUCAUUCUGUUUCAUCGGUAAUCUGCCAAAUCUGUACUGGGCCAGUACAGUCUGUUUUAGAGUGCUUCAGUAGUCAUCACUGGCUUCAGCCUUAAAUGAAGAAAUAGUAAAUUAUUACAGUACCUGCUGUAUAUUAACGUUUUGUUUAUAUUAAACGAUUGUUAUAUAAGU